AUGGCCGCUCUCACCAUGACACCUCCCACCCGCCAACCCUUUGCGAGCCUGGACAGUCCCAGAAUGCGUCCCUUCGUGCGGUCCAAAUUGAACCGUCAGAACCAGCUAAAUGGCGCGACGUUCUCAGCCAAAAGCUCCAUAUUCAUCGAUAAUGCCGAGAACAUCGAUCCAAACACUCUCAAUCUCUCCGGCAAGCGCAAGCGCUCCCUCGAAGAUGACGAUGAUAUCUCCAAGGGCUCACCAAAGCCCCUCAAGACCUCCCGCAUGGCCCUAUCAAUUCGUGACAUGAACUUCUCCCCACGACUCUCAACGCCAUCCAAACUCUCCCUGUCAACACCCAAAUCCGCACCCAUCCUCAAACCGGCCGGCCGCUCACCCCCACCCAAAUCCUUGUCUGCAUCACGCCGAUCAACCAUCACCAAGGCCCGUCCCGAACCCAGCAAACGCGGCGGUGUCGCCCGGCCAUUCUCCCUAGCCACGGCCCUCUCCCACGGCAAGAACAAGACCACAACCCCCUCUAAGCCCAAAGGCCCGGCAUCAUGGUUCUUCGAUAUCCACGUCGACUCCGAGCAAGAAGAAAUGACCAACCUAAUGCAACACUCCACCGGCGUCCUCGACAUCAGCGAUGACGAGUCCAAGACUUCCACCGGCGACGACCGCGGUAAAGAAAACGUUGCCCCCGCGGAACUGGGCAUUGAUCUGCCCCGUUCUGCGGAGGUCACUGCCCUCAUUACAGCCGCGGCGACUCGCAAGGCGAAUAAGAUGGACGAAGACCGUUCGCCGCUGGGGGAGUUGAAUGCCGCGGAUUAUUAUCCGGAGGAUUGUAAUGCGUUUUCGUUUGCCGUCGUCUAUGAUGAUGAUGAGGAUGGGGAGAGAGAGAAUGGGAUUGUUUCGAAGAAGACUCUUCCUUCGCAGUCUACUUUCGUGACGCCCGUCAUCACUACUUCCAUUGCCUCGGUUUUGGAGACGGUUGUUCCGGAUGAACAGGCCGUCAAGUCUACGGAUGCUAGCAAUGAGUCUGGUGCUGCCAAGGAGUAG